UUUGUUGAGUAUGUCAAAAGUUCGUGAAUCCGUUACCCUUUCUUCUUGCUUAUUCGUCCUUAUUUGUGAGUCAGAAUAAGUAUACUAUUAAAUCUAGAAAUAAUGAUAAAAAGGAAAAGGACUGGUGCGUUCAGUUUCAUAUCUGUAUAAAUCCUUUUACUAAAUUGAAAAAAAGAAGAAGUAUAAAUCUUUGUAAUUAUGCCCUCUGUCAAAAUUUGCAGCCCUUAUGCUUUCCAAGAGACAGAAAAAGAAAGAUUUAACAUUUUGAAACGAAUUAUGUUACAUUUUCAAAUUUUACAAACAUGUAACAUAUGUAGCCUUUGUAUAAUUUUGGAAUGUUUAAAUUCUUUUGAAAGAUAAUUUAUCUAUGUUAGGUUUAAACAGAGAAUUAAUCAAAGUGAAAAAGGACAAGUAUCUUGGGAGAGUACCAUUGAAGUUGUUUAGCCCUUGCUCUUUCUUGUUAUUUUUGUCAGGAUAAAGGUUUCAAUUUCAUUUACUAUUUGCUGUGAUCAGUUUGCCAGCAUCACUUUGAAGUGAGGGCAGUUAGUGGUGCUUGAAUCAUAUGGCUGAGAGACAUCCUGUUGAUCAACAGCAAAAUCCUGAUUGUUUUGUUGCCAAUUUACUUUAGGACCUCUGCUUUAGUCUUCAUUGUUUUGUUUUCUGAUAAGGUAGCUAUUUGAUGUUCUAAAGCUAUGUGAGUACAUUUUGCUUGAGACUUGAGGUCUUGCUGCAUUAUCCAUUUGAAUACACGUUUCCCACUAGCACUGACAUAAUAAUCUGCUGGACUGAUGUGGGUUCUUCGAAUAUUGCAAUUUACAGAAGCUUCCUAUUUUCAAUCAGUCAACUAAGCUUAUGUCUAAAACUAGUUGGGGUCGGCUGUAUGGAUCUAUGAUACAUGGUCUAUGAACAUUGCAACUUACAGAAGCUGCUUAGUUGAUGUUGAGAGACAUGCCAGAGAUUUCAUCGAAGCAGCCAAAAAGCUUCAACUUUAUUUGAUUGGGUUGCAACGCGAGGAUCUGCCUUCCAAAGUAGAUAUGCUUAGAAAGGAGAUUGUAAAAAUGGAAGAAAAGUUGAAGAGAAAGACUGAGCUUAUAACCAAGCAGGAGAGACUGAUUCAAAAUUGGAAGAGAAACACAACAUUGAGUUGGAAAGGGUGUAAGCUAACUGCAGAUCUGUGAUGUAAACUAGUAUACGAGUUUCUUCUUUUGCGAGGUCCAUUAUGUUGUUUUCUCUUGCUAUCAUCCCUUAGCUUUCUGUAUUGAAAGUGCUUGAAGACAAUAAGCUCACUACAAAGAUGAUUUGUAGCUAGCUUUCUGUAUUUAUUUGUUUGGAAGUUAUUAGGUUGGUCGAAGUACAUAAGCAGCAAACGUUAAUCUUGUUUUGGAUUCCUAUUUUGAAAAAUGUAGAGAAGUUUUGUUA